CCUCCAGACGGGACGGGACACCGGCAAAAAGGCAAAGACCCAAAACACACAUACACACACACACACAUACAGGUCGUCCUCGUGCGUUCGUUAGGAAGCUCGUGCCGCGAGUUUACCGAGGGGACGCGCGCGGUCAUGGGUUUGGUGUUGAGGAGCUGGGCGGCGAACGAAGCAGCUAAACACUGCGCUGUGGUGGUCUGGGUGGCUGUCAGUGCGUGGCUGUUCUGGAGAACUUUCAGGCUGUUCUCCAGUGGACCUCAAUACUACUACCUGCACCAAAUGCUGGGGUUAGGGCUGUGCAUUAGCCGAGCGUCCGCCUCUGUUUUAAACCUCAACUGCAGUCUGGUUCUGCUGCCCAUGUGCCGGUCCAUCCUGACUGUUCUAAGAGGAACACAGCAGGUAAACAGUAGGAAAGCUCGUCGAUUGUUGGAUAAAAGUAAAACCUUCCAUGUUGUCUGUGGAGUCUCCAUAUGUGUUUUCUCUGUGGUUCAUGUUUGCGCCCAUCUGGUGAAUGCCGUCAGUUUUUCUGUGAGAUACUCAGAUGACUUUCCUGCACUGAAUGUAGCACAACACCGAGGACAGGACCCGCGUAUUCUCAUCCUGACCACAGUUCCUGGGAUUACUGGUGUCAUCCUGGUCCUGAUUUUGUUCCUGAUGUUCACAGCAUCUUCCUACAGCAUACGGGUUUGUAACUAUGAGAUAUUCUGGUAUACGCACAACCUCUUCAUCCUCUUCUACAUCAUACUGAUGCUGCAUGUGGUCGGAGGGGCUCUGAAGUACCAGACGAAUGUCGACACACACCCACCCGGCUGUAUACGGACCAAUCAAACCAACAGUAGCUCAUACACGUCGUCCAAUCAGGUGCCAGAGACACAAACAAAAGCAGAGUUAAAGGAAAUGCCACACAUCACAGUGUGUAAAGAAGAUGCCCACUUUCAGCAUCAUUUCCCUCAGACGUGGCUGUGGGUUACAGCACCCCUCUGUCUGUACUGUGCUGAGAGGCUGUAUCGCUACAUUAGAGGCAGCGCUCCGGUUACCGUAGUGUCCGUCAUCAGGCACCCCUGUGAUGUCAUCGAAUUGCGCAUGCUGAAGAGCGGCUUUAAGGCCCGCCCUGGACAGUACAUCUUGUUGAACUGCCCGAGUGUGUCCUCAUUUGAGAACCAUGCUUUUACUCUUACCGCGUGUCCAACACAGAACAAAGAAACUUUUGGCAUUCAUAUCCGAGUGCUCGGAGACUGGACUGAAUGUUUAUCUGAGCUGUUGUUUCCUGCACUGAACCAUUCUGAGAUUCUUCCCAUAAUGCAUCAGCGCACAUACCCAAAGCUGUAUGUGGAUGGUCCGUUUGGUACACCAUCAGAAGAGGUGUUUAACUACGAAGUGAGUGUGUGUGUGGCCGGGGGAAUCGGAGUCACACCUUUCGCCUGCGUCCUACACACACUUCUUGGGGGGUGGAGUCAGUACAGGUUGAGGAGGCUGUAUGUGGUGUGGGUGUGCAGAGAGCUGCAGUGUUUCUACUGGUUUGCCAACCUGCUGUGUGACCUCCACCACAAGUUGUGGGAGGAGAAUCGUCCAGAUUAUCUAAACAUCCGGCUGUACCUUACUAACACACAGCAGCUGCAGAGCUUUUCAGAGGAGCGGUUCCGUCCCCUAAGUUCCCGUCUUCUGAUUGGACGACCCAGAUGGAAGGAUAUCUUUGGGGAGAUCGGACAAUCCAAUCAGCAUAAAAAAGUGGGCGUGUUCUGCUGUGGUCCUAAAAGUGUCUCCAGAGAGUUACACAAACUCUGCAACUCGUUCUCCGCUUCAGGAACCGUCUUCGAGUACAACAAGGAGUCCUUCAGCUGAGACCCACAAGAACCAACAACAACAACAACAAACACCUCCUCCAUAACCGAGGAAGACGACACCAAAUGAUUCUGGGAUUCACAGACAAACUUUAUGAGGACCUGAUUGACCAAAGAAGAAAAAAGAAAAGACGACAGAAGGACUGAAAAAACAAAUAACUGAAAGACAGUACUUAAAGCCUAAAGUACAAAAAGACUGAAGGACUAAAAACAGAGGGACAUAAGGACAGUAGAUUACAAGAGUAGAUUAUCAAGACUGAAGCACUGAAAGUCUGAGUGGAGAAGGACAUUAACCUUGAAAGACUACCAUACUAAAAUAGUAAAAGAUUAAGACUGGAGGACUAAAAAAAACUUGAAGGCUACAAGACUUAAAUAAUUGAAGUACUGAAAGACUGAAGGACUGACAACAAGGUGACAAAAAGACUGAAAGACUAAAAUACCAAAGUACUGAAAGACCAAAGAACUGGAAAAAUGAGGACUGAAAAUAUUAAAGAAUGAACGACCGAGAGACUGACAUACUGAAAAAGGGUAACAAUGAAAAAUUGAAAGACUGAGAUAUAGAAACAGAUGGAACAGAUGGUAAACACACUGGAGUUAAAGUGAAGAGUAGACAGGCCUCAGGUCAGUCAGCGUAGACCUUGUUAAAGACCUUUAUUUGUGUAUCACUGUGAGAGUGCAGGUAAAUUACCAGUGCUGGAGGUUCUCUGACCAUUCUCAGGUGCGAGAACCUGCUUUUAUUGUGUUGAUGUUGAAAAAUGGCGCUGAUGACCAGGGUCAGACUCAAACAUACAGAUAUUUAAUGAGUUUAUAUAUUAAUAAUCAUCUUCCACAGCAGUUUGAGUUCAGAGGAACAGAAUAAAUGUAAAAGCACCA